AUGGCAACGCCACAGCAAGGUUACCCUCAACAUGGGCAGCCACAGCAAGAAGAGUACGAUGCGAGUCAACACGACGGUGGAGGUGUUGCCUCACCAGGUCCACCAGGAGCUACACCAGCACUUCCGAAUCAAGGCAAGAAGAAAAGGCACUACGCAGGCCAAGCAUAUGAAUUUGGGGGGGAGCAAAUGCGGCAUUGGCCUGCGCAAGCCCAAGGGGGAUACCAAGCUCCAUCUUACGGCUCUCAUCCAGCUUCUCCAGCUCCUGGUACCCCAGGCUUUGGCCAGCCAGCUCCCAAUGUUGGCGGCUAUCAACCUCCAGAGCCCGGUUAUCCGGCCCAAGGUGGAGCUCCUCAGCAUCCCAACAUUGGCGCCGUUACACAAGGGAUGGGAGCAAUGUCAAUGACCCAGAACCCCCAGGCGCAGGGGCGGCUACCAAUGAACCAGCUCUAUCCCACAGACAUUAUGAAUGCGCCUCUCAACGUAUCUGAGCUGGACCUACCACCACCGCCGAUCAUUCUACCUCCAAAUUACGUUCGAUCGACGCUUAAUGCAGUGCCUACCACAUACAAUCUUUUGAAAAAGUCUCGGCUUCCUUUCGCCCUUGUCAUCCAGCCUUAUGGUGCUUUACACGAUCACGAAGACCCAGUACCUAUCGUACCCGACCAAGUCAUUGCACGAUGUCGAAGGUGUCGGUCAUAUAUAAACCCUUUUGCAACCUUCUUAGAUCAAGGCCAUCGGUGGAGGUGCAAUAUGUGUAAUCUUACUAAUGAAGUACCUCAAGCCUUUGAUUGGGACGCAGCCUCGCAAAAACAGCUAGAUAGAUGGGCGCGACCAGAGCUCAAUCACUCCGUGGUGGAAUUUGUCGCUCCUCAAGAGUAUAUGGUCCGGCCGCCACAGCCACUAGUUUAUCUUUUCCUUCUGGAUGUAAGUUACGCAGCGGUCACCAAUGGUCUGCUUGCAACAGCGGCGCGCUGUAUCUUGGAGAGUUUAGAUCGAAUACCCAAUGCCGAUAGAAGGACGAGACUGGGUUUCCUGGCGGUUGAUUCUGGUUUGCAUUAUUUCUCAAUACCUCAGGAUGGUAGCGAAAACUCCGACGCGAGUAUGAUGGUUGUCAGCGAUCUAGACGAACCUUUCUUGCCCACGCCGCAAGAUUUGCUUGUCACCCUGGCAGAGUGUCGUCAAAAUAUCGAGUCCUUCCUUAGCAAGCUGCAAGAUAUGUUCGCAUCAACGCAGAAUGCAGGCUCAUGCAUGGGCCCGGCUCUGAGAGCUGGGCACAAAAUGAUUUCAUCGGUUGGUGGGAAGCUUACCGUACUAUCUUCGACCUUGCCAAAUAUCGGAGUGGGCAAGCUUGAAAUGCGGGAAGACAAGAAGCUCCUCGGUACGACCAAGGAAAAUGGGUUGCUGCAGACGCAAAACAGCUUCUACAAAAGCUUCGCUGUAGAGUGUUCCAAGAAUCAGGUAUCGAUCGAUAUGUUCCUCUUUUCAUCCUCGUACCAAGACGUUGCAUCGCUCAGCAAUCUGCCGCGGUACACUGGUGGCCAGACAUACUUUUAUCCUGGAUGGAAUGCUGCCAAAGGAGAAGACGCCAUCAAAUUCGCUCGGGAAUUUUCUGACUACUUGUCCGCCGAAAUUGGGCUGGAAGCUGUCCUAAGGGUGCGGGCAACCACAGGUUUGCGGAUGAGUACAUUCUAUGGCAAUUUCUUCAACAGAAGCUCCGAUCUUUGUGCAUUCCCAGCAUUCCCUCGAGACCAAGGUUAUGUUGUCGAAGUUGCCAUUGACGAAACCUUGACUAAGAACGUUGUAUGCUUGCAAAGCGCCGUACUUCACACGACUUGCAAUGGCGAGCGGCGCAUCCGAGUGAUGACUCUAGCACUACCAACAACACAGAAUCUAGCAGAUGUAUAUGCGUCUGCGGACCAAGCAGCAAUAGCCACGACUUUCAGCCACAAAGCUGUGGAACGGGCUUUAGGCAGUGGUCUGGAAGCAGCAAGGGACGCGCUGCAAGCUAAGAUUGUAGAACUUCUACAGACGUAUCGGAAAGAACUUGCAGGGGGCAACAUGGGUGGCGCUGGCCUCCAAUUUCCAGCGAACCUGCGGUGCUUACCUGCUUUGUUUCUUGGUCUCCGGAAGAACAUCGGCCUUCGACAAUCCGCCCAGAUUCCAAGUGACAUGCGUUCUGCAGCUCUUUGCCUGCUUUCUACGUUGCCACUGCCCCUUCUUAUCCAAUAUGUUUACCCUAAAGUUUACUCACUCCACGAUGUCAUACCUUCCGAGGACGACGAGCACGCACCAACGAACAUCGGUUUAGUCGAUGACAACACCGGAGAGACCGUGAUGCCCCGACCACUCAACCCCUCAUCCCAGAGUCUUCUUCCCUACGGACUGUAUCUCAUCGACGACGGCCAGACACAGUUUUUGUGGGUUGGCCGAGAGGCAGUCGAUGCUCUCGUUCACGAUGUAUUUGAGGUUCCUGAUCGGCAACACCUCAAAGUAGGCAAGACGACGUUACCAGUAAUCGAUACAGACAUCAAUGAGAGAGUACGCGCGAUCGUGGAGAAGAGCCGUGAUCAUAGAUCACGCGGGGUAGGCAGCAUUAUCGUGCCUCACCUGUACUUGGUGAGAGAGGACGGCGAGCCUGGAAUGAGGCUGUGGGCACAGUCUAUGUUUGUUGAGGACAGGGCGGACCAAGGAGUGAGUCUACAGCAAUGGCUUGGGACGAUCAGAGAGAGAAGUGCUAUCUCGUAUCGUCCGAGUCAGUAG